CUCUCUUCUUUUUCUUCUUCUUCUUCUUAUUCUUGACUUUUAAGUUCAAGUUUUUCACCAUGGUUGGAGCUGUUCUUAUAAAUGGUGGCAAGUCAACGGCUGACAUUGAAGCCCAUCUCAAGCAGACCAUUCCCAUGAAAGAACCACUCGUGGUUUUCGAGCCCAUGAACCACCUGGUUUUCGCCUCUCCCAGAACCACCGUGCCGGCUCUAUGCCUCGCCGCCUGUGAGUUUGUCGGCGGCCAGCGCCACCAAGCCAUGGCCGCGGCUUCAGCCUUGUUACUCUUGCAAGCAGCUACUUACACCCAUGAGCACCUUCCACUAACAGACAAGCCCAGGCCCAUGUUAGAGCCCGAGCCCGAGCCCAUGAUCCCUCGUGCGUUCAGUCCCGACAUUCAUCUUAUGACCGGCGAUGGUAUUGUUCCGUUUGGAUUUGAGCUCUUAGCAAGAUCCGAUGACCCGGCCCAAGGUAAUUCGGAGCGGAUCUUGCGCGUGAUCAUUGAGAUCUCACGUUCGGUGGGUUCCGUUGGUGUGAUAGACGCGCAGUACCGGAAAACCCAAUCGGACGGCAGGGAGUGUCGGCACGUGGAAAGCAUCAAGCGGGUUGUGGAAAAAAACGAAGGUGGGUUGCACGCGUGUGGGGCUGCAUGUGGAGCUGUGUUAGGAAGUGGUAGUGAGGAGGACAUUGAGAGAUUGAGGAAAUAUGGGUUUUAUGUGGGGAUGAUACAAGGAAUGCUGCUAAAUGGAUUAAGGGAAGAAGUUGAAGAGGCCAGAAAUCUGGCACUCAUAGAAUUGCAAUUUUUCAAGGAUAGAGACAUUGAUGCAAUUUCUAGUUUCAUUAAUGUCUAA